AUGGAGAUUGAUAAGAAGAUUGAACCUUGUAUCAACCGGCAACCAGCAGUUAUUUUGAAAAGAAGUGUAACAGGUAAUAUGGCUUUUGAUAUUAUCAAUAACGGUGAUGUUAAUGAACUUAAGAAUUUUAUUUGUAAUGGUGGUGAUGUUAAAAGUAAAAACAGUAAUGGUAUAACAACAUUAAUGUUGGCGUGUGGUUCUGGUAAUUUUGGUAUGGUAAAAGUUUUAUUAGAAUUUGGUAAAAUGAAUAUUACAGACCGUGAUAAUAAAGGGAGAAAUUGUUUACAUCAUUUAUGCUUAGGAAGACAUGAAAAUCCAGAGAUAUUUCAUAUUAUUCAACCACGAUUUCUUAUUCAAAUCAAAGACAAUGAUGGAAAGAUACCAUUAGAAUAUGCGGUCCAGUUACAAUUACCUUUGUUGGUUAAAUUAAUAUUAGAUAUUGGUAAUUAUACCGAUGUGAAAUUAUGUUAUGAUUUUAGUAAUAACGUUAUUGUUAAACCAGACAAUGCAAAUAGAUAUGGAUUUGUUGUAGACUCAACAGAAAAGUCAAUUCCUUUUAUUCUUGCACAACAAACAAAACAACAAAUAAAACAAAUGACACUUCGUCUUCCAAAGUGGGAAAAUAUGAUUUUGUUAUUAAAGAAAGGUGUAUUUCAUCCCAAAUUUGUUAAUAGAAUGUACAAAGGAAUGCCUGAUGAAGUACGUAGUGAAGUAUGGAAAUUAUUAUUACUUAAAGAUGUAGAUUAUGAAACAUUAAAAGAUGAAUUUAAUAGAUUAAAUCAACCAUACACAAAAACACCUAUUGACAAACAAUUGGAUUUAGAUGUAAAACGAACAUUUCAAUUACAUUAUACUUAUAAAGUACCAUAUGGAGGUAAUCAGAAAGUGUUAUUUAAUAUUUUUCAUGCACUAGCUUCAAGAACAGAAAAUUUAGAAUUUACUCAAGGAAUGACUUGUGCACCAUCUAUUUUAACAUUAUUUCUUGAUGAAUAUAGUUCAUAUGCAGGAACUGUUCAAUUUUUAGGGGAAAAAUAUCGUUUAAAAGAAAUGUUUAGUAAUUUUAAUUUACUAACACGAUGUUGGAAUAUCACUCGAUUAUUAUUACAAAAAAGAAAUCCUAAACUCGCACAAAAAUUAAAACAACUUGGUAUUAUUGACCAACCAUUACCAUUUUUUAUCUUUGAUUGGCAUUAUACAUGGUUUAUUAACGCAUUUAAUUUUGAGUUAGUAUUAAGAAUAUUUGAUGUUAUUAUCUUAGAAGGAUUUUAUGCAUUAUUUUCUGUUGCAGACACUGUAUUUCAUUUCUUAGAAAAUGAAAUAUUAAAUGUUCAAAACACUAAUGUAUUACAACAAGAACUUAAAACACCAUUAGUAUUAUUAAAACAGCCACCAACUGUAAAUCAAUUUAUGAAAUAUAUGGAAAAACAUAAAAUCAAAUCAAGUGAAAUUGACUCACUCUUGAAAUUGUAA